AACACCUCACUUAUCACCGACCGUAUUACUACUGUGUUAAUACUGGUCUCAUCGUCGCAUCGCGGCAUUUACCCUGCGGCAUCUGAGGAUUCAACAUGACUACGACAACGACGACUGUGACCCGCUACCCUGGGGACUGUGACGAAGCCUACCCCGAGGUUUUCACCGUUCCUCCACCCCAGCCAACUGAAGCAAAGCCAGGGCAACUGACAAAGGCUCAAGUUGAUCAUUAUUUCGAAAAGGGCUACUUGAUAGUGGAGAAGUUCUUCUCCAAGGAGGAACUGGAUCCUUGCAGAGAAGCCAUAGAAGAGCUAGUUGAGGACCUCGCUCAAAAGCUGUACAAAGGAGGAAAGAUAAAAAAUUUAUACAAGGACAAAGGAUUGUUCGAGCGCUUGUCGUUUAUUGAGAAAGAGUUUCCCGGUGCCAACAUACUCUUACACAAAGCAGGCAUUCUGCCUCCGGCCUUCCGUGCAGUGUGGAGCAAUGAACGACUCUUGAAUUUGGCUGAACAACUGAUUGGACCAAAAAUUGCCGGACAUCCAGUUUGGAAUCUGCGGACUAAAACACCUAAGAACAACGCAACUACUGUCCCGUGGCAUCAAGAUUCUGGUUACCUUGACAACGAGUCUUACAAAGUCCUGCAACCAACGGCUUGGAUUCCGCUUUUAGAUGCCAAUGAAAAAAAUGGAUGCAUGGAGGUCGUAUCCGGUGGUCACCGACCAGGUCGCAUCUGCCGUCACACCUGCUGCUGGGCAGACACGUGGUAUGUGGAACUUGCAGAAGAGGAGAUGGUCAAGACUCUGGGUGUGGAUCUGGACAAAGACAUUAAGCUCUGUCCAAUUCCCUAUGGCGGGAUGCUUCUAAUCAACAACAUGAUCCCACACAGAAGUCUGUCGAACGUUUCCAACGACAUCCGAUGGAGCUUGGACCUCCGUUGGCAGGAUCCUGCUAAACCUGUCGGCUUCUACGGCCUGAAGGAGGCAAUCUUGAUGAGAGAUCCAUCCCAACCGAACUACAAGAUUGACUGGAGCCCAUUUAUAUCUGUGGACAGACACGUGGCCGCCGAAGAAGCCUUGAACGAAAAGACAGAUGAGGAGGGUGCAUUCGAGACAACUAUCCAAGGCCCCCAUAUGGAGAAAUGGGAAAUGACCCACGAGAACCGACACACUGCCAAACUUGUGAAAGGGAAGGCUUACAGCAGCUGGCAUAAGGCGUGACGUGGAUGAUGACGUAAUCCGUGACGUCAUGCUCAACCUAUGUUUCAUAUUACCGCUUGAUGAGGAUUGUUUAGUUAUAAUUGUGAAGCAGAUACAUAUAUAUGAUAAAAAUAUGUGACUGUCGAAAUGAUUAUGCGAAACAAAAUGUUUCUGUCAUCAUCUGCACUGUGGUAUUUCCUGCAGUGGAAGGAAACGUAUCCGCCUACAGAGUUAACAUUUCAACAUGACUUCUACAGUGAUGGCACACACUGUGUCGUCAUUAUAAAUGACGUAGACAAUGGUGUGUGUGUCAACAAUGGGGCAGCGUCAUCAAGGUUGCAGCGUGCUUAAAAUAGUUAUUACCAUGUGUGCCUUGUUUUAAUUACAUCAAUUUGCUUCUAUUGAACCAUAUGGGUAAUAAACAGAUAUUAUUUACUUUUCA